UUAUUUUAUGCCUUACUCUAUAAACAUGACGUGUUCUGUCCUCACUAAAUGUGAAGUUGUUCAGCUUUACCGACAGCAAACAAUGCAAUUGUGCGUUUUGAAGUUUUAGACUUCCUUCACUUUUGACAAUUUGUAAAGCUGAAACACGCAUAUGUACACUUAUGUUCAAAACGACACACACUUUAACAAUAAAACACUUGACACAAAACAAUUAGUGCUGAAACAUCCAUCUAGUCUGAUCAGUAUAUAAAUUUAGUAGAUUAAAUUAGCCUAAUUUGUUUAGCAGAAGUCAGUUAGCUUAAAUGCUAUGAAAGCUCACGUAUUUACAAUUCUCAUUGCAAAUCGCUCACACGUAACUCCACAAACUGUAGCUGUAAACCUAAUUACAAAUUUAUAUUAUCUGAAACAACUUAAAGCCUUAUGUGUGGCAAACCAGAGUGCAGCUAUCCUUUAUCCAUUGACGUCUGAGUCUGCUUCUCAGUCAUACAAGGCGACGGUCCAGCCAGACCCAACGCUGCCACUAGAGGGCAGUGUAUCCUCCAUCAUUAAAUGAAAUACAAUACUUUGGGAGUUUUUGGAUAGUUAUUUUGUAGAGGUACUUAAAGGGUUAAUUCCGACUUAUGCGGAAAUUUGGGUUACGUCGCCAGGCGUAGGAACGGAACUCAUUUGCCAGAGUUCAAGGGUUCAUUGAACCAGAUCCAUAUGGAAAGAGAGUUGUGAGACUCUGAUCUCGCCGUGGUUAGUCACGUGGGUCACGUGGUAGGCGUGAAUAGUUCAAAGCACAAUCAGUACUGUAAUGGUUUUCUAUGGAACUGACAGCGGUGAUUGCGACAAUUAUGGGGAAAAAUGGAUAAAAUCACAUGUCUAAGUACUUGUUUGAUUAUAUCAUUGCAUUAUAACAUACAGUGGUACCUCGACAUACAAUCGCUUUGACAGACGAUCUUUUCGAUAUCCGAGAUAAAAUUUGACUCGCCAUUUGUUUAUACAUCCGACAACAUGCUCUAAAAAUACGCCGAUCUAUGACAGCACAGCAGUUUCUUUGUUUUCAACAUGGGUUCCAACAAUGUUAGUGCAGGAGGUGAAAAGAAGGAAAAAGGUGAUGGUUACCAUUGACAUGAAGAUGGAUAUGAUAGAAAAAUAUGAGCGUGGGUUGCGCAUCCGCGAUAUGGCUCAAAAAUACAGCCGUAGACGGUCUAUCUCGGCGGUCUUCCUCCGUUCGCCAGUCUUUAUAAGUUAAGGUGGCAUCAUUAUUGUGGUAACAUCGCCAAAGAAAUCGCCAGCUUCGUCAGGUUUCUAAUAAUUUAUUCCAUCAACUUGUGCAACACAACACGCCUAGUAUUCUUUGCAGCAAGUAUAGAAAGUGAAAGUAAAAAUGCUCACUCUGUCAAGUCAGCCACAUGAUGCAUUCAGGUACACCAUGCAAAAACAUUUGCCACAUUAGAACCCGGUUUGUUACAUUAUUACAGGUAUUAUUAUAAUUACUGCUAUUAUUAUAAUAUUAUUCAGAUUUUUAUUCAGAAUGUAUUUGUUUUGCUCUUUGUAAUUGAUAUUUACAAUGGUAACAUCAGUAUUUAUUAAGAAUUUAGUGUAGGUUUUCGGGCUGUUGAACGAAUUAAUGGAAUUAUAAUGUAUUCUUAUGGGAAAAUCCUGCUCGACAUACGACCAUUUCGACUUACAAACAAGGUUUCUGGACUGAAUUACCUUCGUAUGUAGAGGUACGACUGUAUUUGUAAAUGCUACUUUUACAUUUGGAGUGGUAAGGCGACAACUGAAAACUAUGUAAACUGUUACGCAGAAGGUAACUUUACCAUGCUGUGGAGGGAAAGUUUAUGUUUGUGUUAGCAUUAGCACGGGAAAUCGACUUUUACUGUAUAUUGGAAAUGCAACAUUAUUUGGGAUAUUUUUUCCACAACUACAAUACUGUUUUUCCAGAGAAUGUCUAGAUUUCCUUGAUUCACUUUUUUUUUUUUUUUUAAUGCUGUUUGAAAAUUCUUACAUCACCGUACCACACAUCGCUUUGCGGCUGCACUAUUACUAGACCCAAACUUCAGAGUCUCUGUUCAUUUCACCCAUGACUACCUCAAACAGAUGGAUGCAAGACAAUAAAUCCCCUUCCGGCUGGCAACUGAACUGCUUCCUCGACAUUCCUCGUUUUAUCAUUUUCCUCAAAAAUGAACACACAAGCAAAAGACUUUCCACACAUGGAUGCACGAAUAGAAUGCAUAUUCUUUAGUGAGUUUCAUCCGACUUUGGGUCCCAAAAUUACAUAUCAGGUUCCGGAAGAAUACAUUUCACGGGAGCUCUUCGACACUGUUCAAGUUUACAUUAUUACCAAACAGGAGCUGCAGAACAAAUUAAUAACAGUCACUGCGAUGGGUAAAAAGUUAAUAGGAUGUCCGGUGUGCAUCGAGCACAAGAAAUACAGCCGCAACGCCCUAUUGUUUAAUUUGGGGUUUGUUUGUGAUUCCCAAACCAAUACGUGUGCCCUUGAGCCAAUUGUAAAGAAGCUUUCUGGAUACCUCACCACGCUUGAGCUGGAAAGUGGAUUCAUAUCCAAUGAGGAGAGCAAACAGAAACUUCUACCUAUCAUGUCAACCUUGUUGGAAGAACUAAACGCGACGGGCGCCUGCACCUUACCCAUAGAUAAAUCCAACACCAUUCACUUAAAGCUAAUCCCUCUACGUAAGGAUCCGCCGGUGGUCCAGGAGUACGACGUUCCAGUGUUCAUCCAAAACAAAGACCACUUUAUUAAGUCUCAGUGGGAUCUCACCACUCAGCAGAUUUUGCCUUACAUCGACGGUUUCCGACAUGUGCAAAAAAUCUCUGCCGAAGCCGACGUGGAAUUGAACAUAGUUCGCAUUGCUGUGCAGAAUCUGCUGUAUUAUGACAUCGUGACCUUGGUGUCCAUAUUCCAGUACUCCAGUGUGUAUUGUACCACCCCCAAAGUGCAGAGCCUGAUCGAUGACAAACUAAUACAGGAAGAGUGUCUUAACUAUGUCACCAAGCAAGGUCAGAAGCUCCCGAGUGUAAGAGAUGUGUUCCAGCUGUACUGUGGGUUGAGUCCGGGAACCACUGUCCGGGACCUUUGUUCCCGCUACUCACAGCAACUACAAAGGGUUGAUGAGAGGAAACUGAUUCAGUUUGGCCUGAUGAAGUCUCUCAUCCGACGACUGCAGAAGUACCCUGUCAAGGUGGUGCAUGAUGAGAAGAGCAAACUGCCUCGCUUCUACACUGGAUUUCACAGCUAUGAUGAGAUCUGCUGCAAAACAGGGCUCAGCUACAAGGAGCUAGACGAACGUUUGGAAAACGACCCCAAUGUUGUUGUGUGCUGGAAGUGAAAGGAAUUUCAUAAAAGAGACGACUGUCUGACAGAUGAAGAGUGGCCCAACCAAAAGACGUUUACUACCUGUGGAUUUAUGGAUUUUUUUCCCCCUUUUCAUUAACAUGUUGGAGAUGAAUAUUUAUUUUACAGAAAAAUAUUAGAUUUAUUAGUCCCCUUAGGGAAAUUCAUUUUCACUGGCUGUACAGAACAUUACACAGAAUGCAUUACAGUAUAUUACAUAUAAUUACACAUAUCACGCUUAAACAUUAAUAAAAGAUAUAUUAAAAGAUAUAUUAUUAUAUAUUAUAUUCUGUUUUUUUUCCUUCCCAUGACAAAUAAUUUAUAUUUUUGUUGUUUCUCAAAUGUUCUAUUCAGAG